UCACUACUACUACUGCUGCUACCGCGCUACCGUACCGUAACUGCAUUUUACUGACACUUCACCGGUUUUGUUAUUUUUUGGUUUUCUUGAACUGCACCGUUUGUUUACCUUUAAGUUCACACAUAUUCGACCGUUUCAACUUGUACAGACAAUCUUCGAUACCUACCGACCGACCGACCGAUCGCACCUGGACUUGUACCAUUUGCCGUGUUGUUAUUGAUCAAUAUUUUGCGGCCAUCGUUUAUCUUUCUAUAGCCGUGCAACACACCAAAUCAGUGCACAAAAGACGGCAUAAGUGAUUAACAUUUAACACACAUUGAAAUAUACUCAGAUAAUUUCCUACCUGCACCACAAAAUACCAUAGCUUCAGACGGCACUUACAAGAUUACUCCGGUUUCAGAAAUUUGUUUGACGGACUUGUCAACAAUCAAACAAGUUACCAGCCGAUAGUCAAGUUUGUUUAUCUAAAAGCAAAAUUAGAAAGGGAGCCAUUAAAGCUAAUUACCAACCUAAUGUUAAGUGAAAGUGGGAUUACUAUAGUCAAUGAACGGUAUUGGCACUUGUACGGAUGUCAACAACUCAAACAGGAUAUUGACCGGGAUUUUGUUAACGUGGCCUAUGGCAGUUACACCUACGUCAAUACCGGCAGUCUGACAUGAUUUCGGAAAAAGAUACAGCCCAUGGCACGAACGACAACGCCAAACUACUAACAUUUGUCAACACAUUGCACAAAGACUUGGAGAUUUGUCAGAGGAGGAAAUCUAGAAGAUCAUAACAUCCUUUUAGACAUUUCUAACAAAAUCAUAACAUUAUUACUAAGAUUUUUCGUGUUGAUGUUUUUCUACUUUUAUAAGCACACAAAAAAAACAACGAUUUAGGUAACACCUGAACACACACCGCUGUAAGCCUAACACAAAAUGUUAAGUUAUUUUUUUGAUAGAAUAUUAGAAAAACGGGUCAAAGUGUGCGAAUAUCCUAAGUAAACUCUAUAAACCAGUGGAAAAACAAAUCGAUUUGUAAAUAAUUAAACUACAAUUUUUGGUGUUGUUGUUUAGUGCGUUUCUCUUGGUCACAGGUUUCGAAUUUGUUUUUGUCUUUUUGAAACUCCAUUUUAAGUGUACUUCACAUCAACUGGACAAUGAAAGUGCAGUUUUUUUUUUCAGCUACAAAUAUUUGGCUCCUGUUUGCGGUGUUUACCGAUGUUGCAUGCAUGCACACCUCCACGUCUAAUACACUAGAUAUUUUUGAAAAUAAAGAACAAGAUGAUAAUUCAGAAUUAAAAAAAGGAGAUAUCGAUGAUGUCGAGGAAAAAGUUAAACAAAACCCAGAACUGGCAGGCUUGCAAGUUACAGAUGUUGCAUCGACCAGCACGACUAGUGCGCUAGAUACCUUUGAAAAAGAAGCUCUGAAAAAAAAUCCAGAAUUAACGAAAGAAGAAAUAUCUUCUAUCUUUCUGUCAUCAAUAGAUGAAAUCGAGAAAAAUGUUAAAAAAAAUCCCCUACUGGCAGGCUUGCAAAUUACACGCAAAGAAAUCAUCAUAUUUCUGCACAGUUCUGAAUACAGACCGGAAAGAGCCUACAAGAUGCUGGCGACCAGCUACCAAUAUCGAAUGGAAUUACCUGUUCUUUUUCAAAAAAUAGAUUUGAACUCCGAACAAAUGAAACGUGUACCCGAAGCAUUAUGUUUUUCAAUACUUCCGAUUGAGUAUGGACCGGACAACGAAUGCCAUAUUUAUGUGGCUUUCCUUAAACUCGGCCUCGACGAUUUCGAUUAUGUGAAUACUAUCCGGUAUUUCUUCAUGUUGAUCGAGUACUUGUUGAAAACAAAAGGAACGUUCAAAGGCAUUUCUGUUUAUCUGGACGCGCAAGGUGCAACUAUGGCGCACGUUCGAAAAAUCCCAUUAUUAAUGCUGUUCAAAAUUUUGAAAUUCGUACAAGGGGGAUUACCAGUACGUUUAAAAGCGAUAAACGUGAUUAAUAUCAAUAACGGUUUUAAAUAUUUCUUGCAAUUGUUACUCUGGACAAAACUGAAGGACACUAUUAUAGACAAGAUACAUUUCUAUACCAAGGCCAAAGAACUUUCGUUAAAAGACGAGAUGAAACCUAUUUGGCAAUACAUGCCGUUAGAAAUCAACGGAAAAUGGGCAAGUCAGGCAGAACAAUCACAAAACACCUAUAAUGCAAUGCUCAAAGUCAAUGCAUGGUAUUUGUAUAGACAAGAAAAAUAUCAAAUUCUCCUCGACCGCGCAUCACAGUCGAUCAAUCCGAAAAGCAAGUUGGCCAAUAAAGACGAUAAACAAACGGGCAAACAGAAAAAUAAACGAUAAUUGAUCUUUAAACGCAUUUGUUCGUCAUAAACUCGUUUGUACUAAUAUUUGAAAAAAAUAUAAUUAUAUAGAAAAUUUCUUAAAUGCUUAAA